AUGGAAGUCUUCUACAAGAGGCACUUCAGUCUCGCUAGGCCGUGGCCGGCAAAGGAAGUCCGGGUUGCAAUGGACCGUCUAAGAGGGGAUCCAACCAUAUAUGGUACCAUGUAUGGCCUAAGCGAGCUCUACGUAUCCGGGUCUCUACACAACUGGACUUGCAUCCCAAUAUUGAAACACAUCCAGGUCCCAACGCUUCUGAUCAACGGGAUGGAUGAUGAAGCUCAGGAUGUGGCAAUGCAGCCCUUCUUUGACCACAUCGAGAAGGUGAAGUGA